UUGAUACAGUAGUCAAUCUAACGUCGUACCAAACCACAGGCUAUAACCGGUACUCGGCAGACGACGAAUCACGACGAAUCGAAACUGUGAGGUUAUAACAAAUUUUGCACGGAUAAAGUGAAAGAUUCGUUGAAAAAACCCAAGUAAUAAAUCGACUGAUGAAAUGUUAACGACUAGAAUGUUGCUGAGGCGACAUACGUCGUACUUAAAGUACAGCUACGCAUCCGCCCGCCGUUUCACCCAGCCUGCGGAAGAAGCAGAGGACAUAAUAACGGGUUACGAAUGUAAAUUGGCGCCGUUGCCACUGAAAAAACCGCAGAGAGAACCUUUCGCCAAGAAUUUAUUUAUCGGACGAUUCGAUAACGACCUACUUGCCUAUCCCGAAGUUCAACCAAACGAGAGGCAAAAUCAGUUCAACGCAUGGCUCGCGCCAAUUGAAGACUGCGUCAAACGCUACCUCGAAGCCAGGGAGUCAAAUAUAAAUGUGAUAUCCAACGAUCUAGUGGAGCAGCUCAAGGAUUUUGGCGUUUUUCGUGCUACCAUCCCCGAGGAAUAUAAGGGAAUUGGAUUGAAUACUACAGAAUAUGCCAGAUUGAUUGAAGUAGUUGGUAAACACCCCUCUUUAGCUUCUUAUGUGAUGAGCCGCACUGAACCAGUGGAAAUAAUUUUAAAAUACGGUACCGACCAACAGCAACAGAAAUUUCUACCAAGGAUCGUAAGCGGCGAACUUAUCCCAACUCUUGCAUUGGCUGAAGACAAUACAAAUAUCGAUGCGGCUCCAAUUAAUGCUACAGCAGUUGCAAUGGAGGGCAACCAAUACUUCAAGCUCAAUGCUAAAAAGGUUCAUGUCUUGAAUGGAAAUAACGCCAACUGUUUUAUUGUUCUCGUUAAUUGUACAGAAACCGACGACCCGCUACAUAAGCCAAAUACACCUACCAUAUUUAUCGUUGAACGCGAAAAUGGCGGAAUCGAUAGUUCAACAAAAGUUGAAAAAAUUGGUCAACAAGGAUUAGAAGUAUUCAAAGUGGACUUUGCAGAGACCCUUGUGCCGAGAGAAAACGUAUUAGGAGCAAUUGGAGGUGCUCCAAAAAUUGCGGUAGACUUAAUCACUUUGGGUAAAGAAUGUAUAGGAUCGCAGGCGGCAGCUAUAUUGAAAGAUUUCAUUAACAUCUUAACAAAGUAUGCAAUUGAAAAAAAACACUAUGACAAACAAAUAAUGACUUAUGAUUUUGCAAAAGAAAUUAUUGCUAAAAUGAGCACUGCGUUAUAUGCAAUUGAGAGUAUGACCUACAUGACGACUGGAUUGAUUGAUGAGUACAAAGACCAAAACUGCAGUGUAGAAAGUGCCAUUGUUGCAGCUUACUCGAUGAAUGAAUGUGUACAUCAAAUUUUAGAGGGACUGAAAUUGCUUGGUAGGCAAACUUACCUUAAGGAUAGUCCGUAUGAACGAAUUUAUCUGGAUGCCCUCGGAUUAGUGUUAUACAAUGAAUCGAGUAUAGAUUUACAUACAUAUAUAGCUAUAAUGGGUCUUCAUCACUCAGGGUUGAUUAAUUCUCAUACUAUUCAAAAGUACAGGAAUCCAUUCAUGUUUCCUGCAUUCAUGUUCAGAGAAGCAUUUUGGUCAAGCGGUGUGCCAGACCUCGCUUUGGAUGAACAUCUGCACCCGUCUCUCCAAGUCUCCGCAAAAUUGCUUCAGGCUGCAGUUCACUGGUUGCACGAAUCGACGGAAAAAAUGCUGAUUACACAUGGGACAAAAGUUAGCGAUGCUCAUAUGGAAUUACACAGGCUAGCCAACAUGGCGAUAGACGUUUACAUGAUGACUGCAGCUCUGGGCAGAGCAUCGCGCUCCUAUUGCAUCGGCCUCGCACUCUCGGACAAGGAGAUUGUUAUGGUACACAGUAUUUGCUGGAAUGCCCACAGGAGAGUGAAGAAAAAUAAUGAGGAAAUAAAUUUAGGAGAUGAAGGAAACUGCGAUGAUUUGUACAGAAUAAUUGCAAAAAAAAUGUUCGCACAGCAUGGAUACUUCCCUGAACAUCCUCUUAAAAAGAAUUUCUGAAAAGGUUAAAAGUUUGAAAAUGAAUCAUUGUAGGCAUGAUUUAAGAACUUAUAUUAGAGGGACAAAAUAAGUGAUCGGCUAAUCACCUUCUCCCACUUGCAGCAUGUGGUGUGACUACUUGAAAUGUUGUAUACUGUACAUUACCCAUUUACAUAUUUAUUUUAUAUUUACUUAACAAGCUUCAUUUGAUUUAAUAAAUAUUAGUAUAUAUGAAACUUUUGCACAUCUUUCAUAUUAACUAUCAUCAGAAUUGUCUCAGAAGAAUCGAUGUCAAAUUACAAACAGUAAAUUCGAUGUCAAAGGUGAUUAUUGUAGAAUAUUUUUAUUUUACCCAGAAUGGUAGAUGCAAAAUAAAGAAGUAAUUGUUUUAUUGGAGGUAUUUUUAAUAAUGAACACUUGGUACAGGUUAUAGAAUAUCACGUUACCAAGAUAAUUUUGUCCUUCAACAAAUAAACUAAUCAACAGAUAUAUUCAUUGUA